AGGACCCUCGCUCACUCGGCCGGUCGUGAUUUUGGGGUAUGUGUUCACGGGUUAUUAGUGAGUUUGAAACCCCAUGAUGUGCACAAGUGCUUCUUCAAAAUUAUUGCCAAAUCAACAACAAUCCAUUCAUUCCCGGAUCUGAGAGAAUAAUUUGCAUCCAAGAACAAUUCAUCGCCAUACAAUCGGAUUAAGUGUUUUCUGAUCUGCAUUUGAUGCGACCCAUGACAAUGCGGAUAUUUCUGAUGCUCAUCAGUCUUGUCUUGAGCCAUGUUCACGGUGAGGCUUUCAUUCAAGAGAAAACCACAUGCCAUUCCCCGUUCAUAGAGAACGGUCAAGUUGAGGGCGAGUUCAACGGCGACAUGUUUGUGGGUACUGCGAAAUGCGACCCGCAAUACGAAUUAGUGGGAAAAAGCCUCAUUAAAUGUCAAGCUGGAAUCUGGAGUGCAGAAGUACCAGUCUGUACGAGAAUUGGUGGCUGUGAUCCCGACGAUCUCCCAGAAGUUCCAAAUGGUCGGAAGCAUAUUUUGAGGCGUUUCCGAGGCUCUGUGGUGCGUUAUCGCUGUUUAGGCGGAUUCCAAAUCUACGGCCAAUCUCGGGUCCAUUGCCUAGGAUCGGAAUGGAGCCAAACCCUGGCCCCAAUCUGCGCUCGACGAGGUUGUGACCAAACCCAAUUCAAAGAGAUUCCCCACGGAGAGACCAAAAGUCAAAUGAAAGGGGCGGUUUACCUCUUCCGUUGUGAACCUGGAGCAAUGCUGGUGGGAAGUCCCACCUUGUUCUGCGAUGGACGUCACUGGAACGACACCUUGCCUGAAUGCGUUAUUGCUCCCGAGCCUCCACUAGUGACCAUUACCCUUGACGGAGAGCCUGUUAGCCCUCAAUCCAUUGAGGUGGGCCAAAUGGUCACUCUGGUUUGCAAGGCUCAAUCUGGACACCCUGACCCGGAACUGACCUUCUAUCGCAACAGCGCUCAAAUUGGAGUUCCUCGAAAACAGCGCAACUUGUUUAAAUUUCGUGCCAUGGAGGGCGAUAACAAUGCUGUUUUCAGUUGUACCGCCUACAAUGGCUUCUCAGCUGUGAGCAGAUCCGACGUUUCUCUCAAUGUGAACUUUGCUCCAGGAAAGGUGGAGAUCCAAGGCCCAAGUCAAUUGGUUUUGGACCAAUUCAAGGAAGACUUAACCAUCCAUUGCGUGUCAGCACCCAGUAAUCCGAUAACGAGGCUCAAGUUCCAAAUACAGGACCCAAAUGAGGACAUGCCCUCAAUAGUGGAUCCAACGGAUGGCGAUUCUGAUACCAACCUGGUUGUGGAUUCCUCAAGUCUAACAGAAUAUUCCGGUGAACAUGGCGGAUGGGUGACUUCAGUCAGUAUUAUCCUCUCUUUGGAACAGACGCUAAAUAGAAAAAACGGACUGACCAUUGAUUGCCUGGGAGAGAAUGGAGUAUCUCCUAGACCAAUGGAAGAUUCGCUCAGCCUAACCCGUGAAUUCCCCCCUGGGAAAGUGAGUGUGAGAGGUCCUUCAAAAAUGAAAGCUGUUGGUUCAGCCCAGUUCUCUUGUCAAUCUAGUCCUGCCCAGCCGGCCCCGAAAUUGGCCUGGCGGGUGGAAAUGGGUGGCAAAAGCGUGGCCAAAUUCAACGGAGAACACGUCGAAACCAAAGUCACCUCGGAGGGUCUAAUGGCCGCGACGACGUUGACGUUGAAUGUUGAAGAUCUAAUCCUUCGAUUGCCUCGUCAAACAAUCUCCAGCCCAGACUUAGUGGUCGAGUGUUUUGCAGCACAUCCUAGUCUGGGAGAAGACUUCAUUGCCUACGCACAUAUGGUGGAAGUGUUAUACCCUCCCGGCUUGCCGAAUAUCUCCGGUGUCCAUUCCGGCGAGCAGAUGGAAACCGGUUCGCCCAGGGAGUUGACUUGCAUGUCCAAACCCGCUGGCCAUCCUCCGGCUAGAAUUCAAUGGUUCAUGGGCAAUCAAAUGAUGGAGAGUCACUACUCCGUUGAAGGAGACGUAGCCUUGGCUCAAGUCACCUUUGUCCCUCAGAUCGAGUUCAAUGGCUCCGAACUGCGAUGUGAGGCCAUCAACGAAGCUAUUGGCAGUCCUGUUUCCCAAACCAUCCGUCUGGACUUGACAACCAACCAACGAUUCAUUGAGGUGACCACUUCCACGAGUACAACCUCGACCUCAACAGAGGCUACCACCACAACAAAAGAGGAGGAGGAGGAGGAGGAGGAAGAAGUCGAGGAAGAAGUGGAAGAAGAAGAAGAAGAAGAAGAAGAAAUGGCAUCGCCAAUUCCCAUCGAAACCACAACCACCAGCACGACUUCCACGCCAGAGACGUCGUUCAAGUUUUUGGAUCGUGAUUACACCGAAGAGGAUCUGGAUUCUUUUUAUGGCCCCAACCAUAAGACCGACCAUGUGGGAGACAUCUACGAAUAUCUGAGGAAUCCCCCUCCGAUCGACGCAGUCAAGUUGAACGUAUCGUAUUACGACGACAACGAUGAGUACUUUUAUGAGGAUGACUAUAAUUACGAUGAGGAAAACUAUAUGUACCAGUAUCCAGAUGACCUGGUCGUUCCCGACAAUCUGGGUGUGCAUCCAGAGUUAAUUCACGAGGACUUAUUCAAGCAUAAAGUGGCUUUCUCGCCGCCCACGCCCGAGCCCCCUAAACCCAAGAAAACUGAAGAAAACUCGUUCGGAAGGCGACAAAAUGAGGUUUAUCAUCCGAAGGAUAGUCCUUACACGGCCUCAAGUCCACCGAGAAUAAAGGCCACGGGAUUGACGACGAUUGUUUGCUUUCUGUGCAUCUUGUCCACAGUCACCCUGGUGGCCCUUUAACCAAUUACAAAACAAAGCCAACAUUCAAGAAAACAAGGAAACCCACGUGUUUGUAAUGAAUGUACCCUUUACGACCGCAAAGAGUCUUUUGUGGGUAUCAAGACCGCAAUCAAAUUAACCCUCAAGUUUUGUGAGAUGUUGUGGAGGCCCACGGCCCAAUUUGAGUGUGCGUGUAUUUCUGAAAAAAAAAACCGAUUCAAAUCCUGAGAGGAUCCCAUUUCACCCACCUGUAUCAACGAGAAGAAAGAGACCAAUAUUGGUUGGAAGAUGACGAUGAUAACAUCUUAACUUUUACCAGGACUCAAUCCAGAUCUCAAGCAAGGAUCUUUCUUUUACAAUUUGCUUCUCUUUUCGUGCUUAAAAAUCUGUAGAACGCCCUGUUUAUUCGUAGAUAAGUGAGAUAUAGCUCCAAGUGCCAAAUUCAAUUAACUUUGUCUGCCAAUGCGAGUAUUUGAAUCAAAUAGACGGAUCCAAUGCGCAAUUCUGUAAACC